AUGAAAUGGUUAGUCGAUGACAUCAGAAACCAUCCCGGGGCAAUACUGAUGACUAAAAAGUUCCCUGUAGUGGUAAGCUCGGACGACCCCGCUGUAUGGGGAGCAAAACCCUUAUCACAUGAUUUUUACAUGGCUUUUAUGGGUAUGUGUGGUGCCGAUGAAGGAAUCGCCAUAUUAAAACAGUUAGCAUACAACUCCAUACAGGACACGGUUGUCAAAACAUUUGCUUUAUCAUCUGAUAGAUCAGACCAAGAAUCUCAUGAAAUGUCUAUGGGUGAUGCCAUUUUGAAUAAACUGCGGUGUUAUGAUUAA